CUCGAUUCCUGUCUCGAACAAGUAAACUUAAAAAAAGUAAAGUGUCAAUGUCAAAGCGGCUGGUUGGCUAACCAAACAAAAUAUUGUAAAAUAUUUUUUGUUAAUUUUAUUAAUAAAUUAAAAUAAACAUGCGGUGGAGUGAAGCAGUAACUUUAGAAUUCGUUAAAAUCUAUUUGAAACAUGAAUGUCUGUGGAAUCCUGCUCAUCCAGGUUACAAAAUGAAGGCACAAAGGGAAAAAUCUUACUUUAGCAUUAUUACUGAAUUCAAAGAUUCCACAUCGAAGACUUUAACAGUGCCAGAAGUUAAAAUGAAGAUAAAAAACUUGAGGACAACGUAUGUUCAACAAGUGCACAAAAUUCUGCAGAAAUCCAACCCGGAUUCCAUGUAUGAACCUUCUUUGGUGUGGUUCCAUGAAAUGGAUAAGUGUCUGAAACAUGUGCCCAAUCACCGACAUCCAACCGCUUACAACACCGUUCCAGAAGCUCCUGAAGUCGAUUCCUCGACUCAAAUUUGGGUAGACCAUGAAAUGCAAAAUGGUAACAUGGAAGAAACAAACCCUGAUCCCUUAGUCCCCCAAAUGGAAGAGGAGUACACUGCCAAGUCACCACCCCCAUUAAGGGUGAAAAAGGAAAAGCAUUCCCCCAUCUACAAGAAAAACAAAAAGAAAAAAUUCAAACAUAAAGCUGCAAUUCAAGACUACUCCACAGAUUCCAAUUCAGAAAUUGUUGGAAAAGAAGAUGAAUUUGAUAUUUAUGGGAAAUACAUUGCAUCCCAGCUGAGGAAAAUGGAUCUCUACAAAGCAUUGCGGCUUCAGCUUGAGAUACAAAACUUGGUCAGUGAAGCCAGGAUCUCUGACAUUACUAGUGAUUAAAUUGAGUUAUAGAUAGAUAUAAGAUACUGAUAGUGCAAUUUUAACUCCAUUUUAAUUAGUAAACCAAAGAUUGAAUACCUUGGG